CGUGUCCCCCUCAUCCGCGUGCUAUGGAGUGUUUAUCAUUUAUCGCAUUUUGUGUUUUUGGUUUUUCGUUUUCGUUCGUUCCCCGCAUUUCGAUCGUGCUCCGUGGUGCCCGUCGGCCAGAACCGUUCGAUCGGAUCCGUGCGUGUCCGGGUGCUAGCAUCAGCGGUCACGAAAAUGUUAGCUAUGCGUCGCGAAAGUGAACCAAUCUGCGGUAGUGCCACGGCUACGAGUAACCACUUGCUUGCACACCAUCACCACCAUCACCAUCAUCACCAUCAUCUGCAUCAGCACGAGGAGCCUGCCGACGAUGGCCAGCCGACGGUAAACGGUCUGAGUGAGGGUUCCGCCACAACCGAACAUCCGUCGGUGAACGGAGAACUGGACUGUGUGGCCGGUUUGGAGCAGGAAACGGGAGGUGGUGGUUUUCCAAACCUUCCGCAGCAACAGCAUCAGUUACAGUUGCUGCACCAGCAACAACAACAACAACAGCAGCAACAACUGCUGCAGCAGCAGCAACUGCAGCAUCAACAACAGCAACACCAGGAUCAUCAACAUUAUCAUCAUUCCCGUGCAUUGUCACCGGCGGGCUUCACGCACGCCGGUUUCAACGGUACCGGAUCCAGCCUCGGGUCCGGCUAUCCGGGAUUCAGCAGCUUCGGAACCGGACUGCCCGGUUUCAGUUCGGCGUCGCACCGAUCGGCGCAUCUAGCGACGGCCAACACCGCCAGCACCGCCUCAAGCCUUGACGAGUACGUCGACAUCCUGCAGGUCCAGCAGCUCCUGCUGGAGAACUCGUCGACCGUGGCUAGCCAUCCUAGUACCACGAUAUCCACCACAUCCACCACUAGUACCACUACGACCAGUGCCAGUGGGCCUUCCUCCACCAGUAGCACCACUACUGGCACUACCUCCAGCUCCGCUGCCACCCUUCCUUCCACAUCCUCCACGUCCACGGCCACGUCCACGCUCUUCCACGGUGCAAAAGGCCGGCCAAAGGUGAACCUCCAGAAAGCAGCCGACUUCCAGGCGGCGGCGGCAGCGGCAGCGGCGGCUGCUGCAGCCGCAACCCAGCUCCAAGGCGAAUCACCGUCGUCAUCGUCGACGCCAUCCAAGCGACUGCUCUUUGAUUACCCGAGUCCAUAUUUGUAUGGUAAUUAUCAUCCGUCGCCGAGUGACGAUCUGGUCGCUUUAUGGUUCGGAAGUAACGGAACAGGUGGCGUUGCCCCUGGACCACCAGCAGCUGCCAUGAUCAUGGAAGGGCUAGAAACGUUGGUUGCGCCAUCGCAUCACACAUUCCUGCUGACCGAGUCAGCGGCCGCCGCGCACUUCAACGUGCUGAGCUUCGACACGUGCGGUCUGUUCAAGACCGGCACCACCACGACCUCGCUCGCGACGCUCAACAACAACAGUACGGCGACGCCGAACAACAACCACCACCAUCAUCACCUGUACCAUCCGUACCAUCAUCAGACGACCGCAGUCAGCAGUGCUACAGCCCUGCACCAUCAGUCCCAUCAUCAUCACCAUUCGACUGCUCAGCAGCAACAGCAACAGCAACAGCAGCAUCAUCAUCAGCAGCAGCAGCAGCAACAACACAACGCAUCACCGUCGAGCAGUGUCGCUGCCUCAUCGGUUGCCGCUAGCUCGACCUCGACCGCCAUUACCACGCACACGACCGCCACGACGAGUGUCACGGCCUCGCACAACCCAGGUCAGCAACAGCAACAGCAACAGCAACAGCAUCAUCAACAGCAUCAGCAGCAGCAGCAACAUCAUAGCCAUAACCAUCCGCAUCAUCCCCAUCUGAGCCUGCUGAGCACGAGCGGUAGCACCGGCGGUGGCAGUGGCCAAUCCGGUGGUCACCACUCGAACGACAGCUCGUCCCAGCUCGUCGUCGGUGGCCAUCCCGGGGCCGGCGGUGCCGACGAUCACUCACAGUCGCAGCAGAGCGACGCACAAACCGGCGAUCUCAACACACCCGUGACCACCUCCGGUGACAUACCGUCGUUCUUCGGGCCGUCGACCGUCGUCGAACCGCCACCGAUUACCGGAUCGAUCGAGUCGGACGAUCUCUCUCUGGAGCCACAGACCGUAUCCAGCCCCUGCGUCAGCCUCUGCAGCCCAACGAAGCAGGAGCGCAGCACCCCGCAAUCGAUCGUCAACGAGGAAGAGGCUAGCAAUACCAGCAGUACCAACGCGAUGUAUCCAUCGUCCGGCUCCCAGCAACAGCAGCAGCAGCAACAGCAGCGGCAACAGCAACAACAGCAACAGCAACAGCAGCACCACCAACAGCAGCAGCUUCAUGGGCAGAUCCGUGUCGCCGGUUUGGCAAGCGUCACGGGUGGCACCAGCAACACCACCAGCGACAUGCAGCACGGUGGCGACGGUGGUGUGCAGUCGGUGGCGGCGGAUGCGAUCGAGAACAAGAUCUCCUACCGAGGCAUCUUUACGACGAGCGGCGGUGGCGGCGGCGCUAGCCCCGGAAUGGUGGGCCUCCAGUCGUCCGGCAUCGUCGGCCUACCGCCCUCGGGUCAGAUGUCACCAUCGAGCGUCGCCGGUCUGGGGCCGGCCAGCUGGGGACUGCCGAGCCCGGACAAGGCCCUCUUCCAGACCCCAAUGUUCGGUCUGCUGGGCCCACAGGCAACGAGCAGUGGCGGCAGUACGGCGCCGCAGACGGCGGGCGUAUCGUCCAGUUCACCUUCCUUCACCGUCGCCGGCCAGUCGCAGCAUCAUCCACAUGCUGCCGUCGGUCACCACGGUUACGGUGCGACCGACGAGCGUGUCCACGGGCACGGUCACGGUGAUGCCCUGCUCGGUCUCAACAUGGACUGUGCCAGCAUCAUCCUGAAGCAACCGCCGAGCUACAACAGCUGCAUCAGCUCGCUCGAUAUGCAAACGCAGGAUAUGCUGGCGGCGGCGGCGGCGGCGGCCGGUGGGUACGGGCGUGGUAGCGGCGGCGGAGGCAGCGCAGGAGGAAGUACAGGAACCCCGGGAGGCCAAGGCCAAGGGCUGGUCGGUAUGGCCACCCAGAAGUACCAGUGGUUGGAUUCACCGGUCGAUCCGUACGUCGGUAGCCCGCAGCACGGUUCGGUUGUGUUGCCCGGACCCUCCUCGACGCCACUCUCCGUUGGUCCGAUCAUUCCGAAGCAGGAACCGUACACGACGACGCCCAAUCCCUGCACCUCCGAUUCCAGCCAGCUCGGCGGCCUAACGCCAGCGCAGGCGGCCCAGCAGGCCCAGUACGCGGUGCAGCUGGCCGAGUACAAUCAGGCGACGAGCAAGGGCCACGAGAUUCUGUCGCAGGUGUACCAACAGAGCACGAUGCCACUGAAGCUGGUGCCGGUGAAACCGCGCAAGUACCCGAACCGACCGAGCAAGACGCCGGUUCAUGAGCGGCCGUACGCGUGUCCGGUGGAGAACUGCGACCGGCGGUUCUCGCGAUCGGACGAACUGACGCGCCACAUCCGGAUCCACACCGGCCAGAAACCGUUCCAGUGUCGGAUCUGUAUGCGCUCGUUUAGCCGUUCCGACCAUCUGACGACCCACAUUCGGACGCACACCGGUGAGAAGCCGUUUUCGUGUGACAUUUGCGGGCGAAAGUUUGCGCGCUCGGACGAGAAGAAGCGUCACGCGAAGGUGCACCUGAAGCAGCGCAUCAAGAAGGAGAAGAACAGUGGCGGUAGUAACAGCAGUAGCGGUGGUGGUGGUGGCAACAGUGGAGCGGCAAACAGUAGCACCUCGUCUGCGGCAGCACACCAUCAAGCUCACCAACAGCAACAGCAACAGCAGCAACAGCAGCAGCAUCCCCAUUCGCAACAGCAACACCAGCAACAGCAACAUCAUCAUCAACAGCACCUUCAGCAGCAGCAGCAGCAACACGUUCACCAUGCAGGCCACCCGGGUCUGCAUCCGCACCAUCUGCUGACGCACGACGAUCUCGCCGGCAUUCCGAUCGUAUCGUCCUCCUCGAACCCAACGGCCAGCAGCUUGUAGACCGAGCUU